UUCUCCUUUCACUUGGAGUGAGCGAUCGCCGCUGCCUACCCUGCGGCCGUGCUCUCCUGCUGCAGAUAUAGAAGCGGGACCACGAGAGGAAAAAAUGCCCGGGAUGGGCAACUCUCUACGCGCUGCUGCCCUGCUGGCUUUCGUGGUUCUCUCCAUUCUGGUGUCACUCCUGAUCAGCAGCGUGCAGCAGUUUGGAGCGAGGAUAUCUGACUUCUCCAAUGCAACUGUUGCUGGUGAUGAGUUCACGUCGCUCCGCGGGGCGUUGAUUCACCAACUCAACGAGCGGCGUAGAGAAAUCCUUCCCCUGCUUUUACCUCACGAGGAUGACCAGGCUUCACUAGACUCUUUGGAUUACAGUCUGUGGAGUGAGAUCUCACAUGGCUCCAGAAAAGCGCAUAUGGAUGAAAUGGGUUGUGAUUCUCUGAUGGAUAUGCAAGCUGUGGAAGUCCUCGGGUCUGGAUACACUAAGCUGGUUGUCAAAGUGAAUCUGGCUGGAGGUCAGCCUGUGGCGUUAAAACUAGUCAACGAAAAGGGGAUAGACAUGGGAAAGUGUGUGGAGGAUUUUAAAGACCCCAAAGGCUGCCGGGAACUCGUUUCUUACAAGCUGAAGAAAGAAAUGGUGCUACUGCAGCGGCUGCAGCAUCCAAACGUCAUAAGGCUCAGAGGUCACUGUGCCGGAGACACAGAGGGAAGAGGAGGAGAGGGAGGAAGAGUCACAGUCAUUCUGGAGCAGGGGACUCCUCUACAGAUGAUCCAGCUGCUGCAGAGCCCCUGGGAGGAUAGAUUCAGGGUAUGUCUGGAUCUGGUCAGACUCCUCCACUUCCUCUCCCAGUCUCCUCUGGGCUCUGUGGGUCUGCUGGACUUUCAGCCUCGACAGUUUGUCACUGUGUCUGGCUCUCUGAAGCUCACAGACCUGGACGACGCCAGUGCUGAGGAGACCUUCUGCCACACAGACGCAGACUGCACCCUCCAGUUCCCACACAGAAACUUCACUCUGCCCUGCUCGGACAGGGGAGUGUGCGAGGGUUUGAGCGAGAAGAGGAACAUUUACAACGCCUACAGGUAUUUUUUCACCUACCUGCUGCCUCACCAGGCUCCGCCCGGCCUCACACACCUGGUAGACCACAUCAUGAACUCCACAGGGGAGCUGAAAGCCAACAUCAAUCAAACCCUGGAAGCCUUUGAACACAUCCUCCUCCUCUAUAAGUCUGGCCUGCACCUGGACAACCUGCCUCCAUCAAUAAUCAGAGAUUACACCCUGAUGCGAGGUAUGGGAACCUCUGGGAAUGUGGAGUACCGCUGCUGGCCGUCGUACAGCCAGCAGGGCUGCAUGCUGUCAGUCCACAGCGCCAGGGAGGCGGCGUACAUCUGUAACUCCCAUUCUCAGUGUAACAGUUUCACUCUGACCGGACAGAAGACAUGGACGGGUCGCCUUCUAGCCUCUUUCAGGAGCGGCUUCAGUCAUCUGGUUCCUGAUGGGAUGUCCGAGGUGUACGUGAAGAAAACCAAAACUCCUGAAACUUUAGUGUGACAGCAAUGACCGUUCAGAACGACCCACUGCUGUGAAGCAAAGUUGCGCUUAACAUGCAAACUGUGUCCUCCUCAUGUUGAACGCAGCCCGGCUCUGUGGAUUUUCAGGAGGAGUGUCGAGGCUGGGCUGACGAGGAGGCGUUUGAAGUGAGGCGAGUGAAUGUGAUGUAUUUAUAGGGCUUCUGCUCAGUGACUGUUUGAUGUGCCUGCCAGCCCACUGCCUCUUGCCAACUGCUAUUUAAAGGGAUUUCCCUUCAGGUACAAUUAAGGAGGCAGGGGAAGGGGGGACUUGUGCCCUCGACAUGUUUUUUUUGCUACCUUGCCUUUAUUUGCCAUGUGUGUUGGCUUUCCCUGUUAGGCUGGGUCCCUGUAGUCGGGUUUUUAAGCCAAACAGGUAAUAGGAACAGCCGCUGCAGCUCAGCAUCUGAAGCCUGAGCACGAGAAAAGAAAACAAGCUCUUAUACAAAUACACUUUAUGUUUGUGCUGCUGUUUUUCAUGGUUCUUUGGAUUAGCUGGGCUGUGGUAUGACAUGGCAACAACCAUGUAAGCAUUUACACAUAAUGAGCAAAACAGAUUCAAACCAUUCCAGAGAGUUUUUCUCUACUUUAGUAAUCUCAGCGUAUAGUUCUUAGUUAUGAGUGUUUAUAUGAUCCAAUGAAAUGUAAUUGUUCUUACAUGAUUGUGCAUUUUAGCUUACAUGCACCUUGUGGGUGAAACUUUUAUUUUCAAUGAAAAAGUGUUUUUUUAUACUUCACUUAUUGUAAUUGUAAAAUUUUACAAUUUAUUAUAUAAAUAUUGUUCCUACUUUUA